CUCAAGUGGGUGGGGUCGGCUGCUGUCGCGGGCGGUUAGUGUGAGCAAGGUAAAGGUUGGGUGUCUCGCGCCGCUGGCCGUUGGGAGGGUAGAGUGGGGGCCCCUCCCCCACAAGCACCGCCGCACCCCUCCCAUCAACCCCCCCACUGAGACGUGGCGCGCGGGAAGGAAAAAAAAAGAGCAGGUCUGGUCUGGUGCAAUGGUGGGCGCCCAGCAACUAGAGAUGCAGGCGGCGGCAGUGCCGGCAGUGGCACCAGCAGGUGGAGGCCCCGGCAGCAGCAGCGGUGACCACCAGUAUGAGUGCCUGGAGUGUGGCAAGGUGUUCAAGUGGUCGUCACGGCUCAUCCACCACCAGCGGACUCACACGGGCGAGCGCCCUUAUAAGUGCUCCGAGUGCCCCAAGGCCUUCAAGGGCUCCUCCGCCUUACUGUACCAUCAGCGCGGGCACACAGGCGAGCGGCCUUACAAGUGUGGCGAGUGUGGCAAGGCAUUCAAGCGGUCGUCCUUGCUUCAGAUCCACCAGAGCGUGCACACAGGACUGCGCGCCUUCAAGUGCGCUCAGUGCGGCCUGGCCUUUAAGUGGUCCUCCCAUUACCAGUACCACUUGCGGCAGCACACCGGCGAGCGUCCCUACCCCUGCCCAGUGUGCGACAAGGCCUUCAAGAACUCUUCCAGUCUUCGGCGGCACCGUCAUACACAUACAGGUGAGCGGCCCUAUGUCUGCCCCAUAUGUGGCAAGGCCUUCACGCAGUCCACCAACCUGCGGCAGCACCAGCGGGUGCACACCGGCGAGAGGCCCUACCGAUGCCAGGACUGUGGCAAGGCCUUCACCCAUUCUUCCAAUCUGGCCCUACACUGCCGAUCAGCCCACGCUGCCCGCCCUGCCCACACGUGCGUGAUUUGUGGCAAGGCUUUUGCGUCGGACACUUACCUGCAGCGGCACCUGGAGACGCAUGCCGAUGUUGCGCCUCCGGCCCAACUCUUCCUCGAAGAGCCAACCACCACUGUGGAGAUGCUGUUUCGGUGCAGUGUUUGCCAUCUCACCUUCCCCUUGCAAGAGCAGCUCCUGAGCCACCAGGAAGUGCAUUUGGCCCCUCCAGAGCCGCCGCCACUGCCGCCGCCACCGCCGCCCACGCAGGAGGAGGCCGCCGCCGCAUCAUCCCCCACGCCUGCGCUUGCGUGCUCAGUGUGCGGGAAGACCUUCAAGAGCGCAGCCGGUUUAGCCCGGCACCAGCAGAGCCAGCACUCGUCAAACCGCACGUACACUUGUGCCGUGUGUGAACACUCUUUCCCAACGCUGGCCAGCCUGUUGAGCCACCAGCGUUCGCACACCCCAGCGGAGCAGCGCCUGGAGGAGGCGGAGGUGACAUGUCCAGCCCAGGCCGAGACGGUGCCUCCAGCCCCGGUGACCCCACCUCCACCCCCUGAGCGGCCCUAUGUGUGUGGCGAGUGUGGGAAGGCCUUCAAGGGCUCCUCGGGGCUGCGCUACCACCUCCGUGACCACACGGGUGAGCGUCCCUAUGCCUGUGGGGAGUGUGGGAAGGCCUUCAAGCGCUCGUCCCUGCUGCGGAUCCACCAGCGGGUUCACACAGGGCUGCGUGCCUUCACGUGCCCCACCUGUGGGCUGGCGUUCAAGUGGGCCUCCCAUUACCAGUACCACUUGCGCCAGCACACCGGCGAACGCCCCUACGCCUGCCAGGACUGUGGGAAAGCCUUUAAGAAUACCUCGUGCCUCCGCCGGCACCAGCAGCUGCACACUGGCGAGCGCCCCUUUGCCUGCCAGACCUGCGGCAAGGCCUUCACCCAGACGUCCAACCUCCGGCAGCAUCAGCGAGUGCACACCGGCGAAAGGCCCUACCGUUGCCGGGACUGUGGCAAGGCCUUCACCCACUCCUCCAACCUGGCGCUGCACCGGCGCACUCAUUCGCGGGAGCGGCCCUUCCAGUGCCCCGUCUGCUCCAAGGCCUUCGUCAUGGCCUCUUACUUGCAGCGCCACUUGCGUACCCACAACAGCGCCGAAGCAGCUGGUCGUCCCGCCGCCGCUUCCCCAGCCGCCACCCAGGAGGUGCAAAUUGUGCCCAACCUGCAGGCCACUCUGAAUGUGGAGCUGAGCGGUAGCUCAGCCCCAGCUGCUUCUUCCAACACCCAGACGUUCCUGCUGGUGCAGACAGCACAGGGGUUGCAACUCAUCCCCAGUGUGCAGCAGCAGCAGCCGCCCCCGCCCCCCCAGAGUUCACCCCCCAAACUCAUCCUGCUGCCCAGUUCUCCAGUGGUGUCCUCUGCACCUGCUGCUCCAGCCAGUUUUACCCUGUUGCCAAGUGGCCCCACCACCCUAAGCAAGCCUUUCCCACUCCGUCAAGGCAAGGGCAAGAAGGCCAUGCCAUUGCCCCCACCACUGCCGCCACCAGUGCCUGGCAGCCAGAAUAUCAUUCUGAUGCCCAGUGCCACUGGGCCUAACGUGCAGCCCCUCCCUAACGUACAGAUUCAGAGGACAUCGGGAUUGCAAGCCAGUGGGCAGAACUUUAUUGUCCUCCAGAGCUUGCCAGAGCAGCAAGCGGGUACGGUGCAGAUCCAGACCAUGCCAGCCGCUCCACCGGCAGGCACCAUCCAGAUCCAAACCCUGCCCCAGUCUCAGCAGCUCCAGAGCCUGCCUGCUGUCCAGCAAGGUGGCACUUUGCAAAUCCAGACCCUGCCUGCUUCCCAGCAGACGGGUACGAUCCAGAUCCAGGCCCUCCCUCAUUCUCAGCAGGCUGGCAUUGUGCAGAUUCAAAGCUUGCCCCUCUCCCAGAACACGGUGCAGCUCCAAAGCUUGUCCGCCUCCCAGCCAGCAGGCACUGUGCAGAUCCAGAGUCUGUCCAAUUGCCCACCAGCUGGCACGGUGCAGUUCCAAACUCUACCGUCUUCCCAGAAGGUGAGCACUGUGCAAUUCCAGGCUCUGCCAUCCUCCCAACAGGUGGGGACCCUACAGCUUCAAACCCUGCAGCCUCCCCAGCAAGUGGGCUCCCUUCAGAUCCAGACCUUGCCUUCCCCACAGCAGGCCAGCCCCCUGCAGAUCCAGAAUCUGUCUCCCUCAAACCAUUCUGUGGCCAGUGUCGAAAUCCAAGGGCUUUCACCUUCCCAGCAGCUGGAUAGCACGAUACAAAUCCAGGGCCUGGUGUCUUCGCAGGAAGAGCAGCAACUCCAGCCUUCUGAGGAGAUGGCCAGCAUCCAGCUUCAGGCUUUGGCCCAACCUCAGGAGAUGAGUGAGGUGGGAUCUGCCCUGUCGAGUUCCCACGAACUCUCUGGCGUGGACCUUCAGCAGGGACCCAGCUCUGAGGAGGAAAGCCAGAACCUGAUUGUGGUGCAGAAUUCUCCAGGGGAGGAGCUGUUGGGUCCUGGGGGCGAGGUGGAGAGCCUGGAGGGGGUGCAGGAUAUGCACUUUGAGACGCUGCAGACCGACGAAGGGGUUCAGAACGUGUUGGUGCUGAGGAGUGCCGGUGGGGAGCAGACCCGUCUCUGCGUGCAGGAGGUAGAGAAUAUCCAGACGGUGCAGGAGCUCCCUGGCCUCCAGCUGCAGGGUCCCGAGGGCAGUGCGGGAUCUGGGCAGAACCUCCUGAUCAUCCGCAGCGCCCAGGGAGAGCAGACCCUCCAAGUGCUUGAGAGUGUGCCAACUCUGCAAGUGAGCAGCCCAGACAAUACUCAGCCUGCUGGAGAUAGCAGCAGUGCCCCGCAAAUGGUGCAGCUUCUGCAAAGCCCAGUGACCCCCCAGGGCCUGCCCUCCAUCCAGAUUGUGCAGACGGUACCGAACAUGCAGCUUGUUCACACGUUCUGAAGGCAGCUCUCUCCCCAUAACGGAGUGGGGAUGUCAGUGGAGACUCGGCCAUGCUCUCACAAGUGAGACGAGCUGUCGAUUUUGCUGGGUGGUUGCCCGGUUGCUGGAUAGGGCGGUUAUCUCGGCAACACAUUGAAUGGGGUCGUCGUCUCUUCAUGUGGGGUCAGCUUGGGUUCCUCAGGACAAAGCCUUUCUUGGUGCAACAGCAUAGAGCUUGGUUUUGCUCCAGGCCCACAGGUCCACAGCACGCCCUUUGCCCUCCCCGCUCACAUGUUGGCUGCUGCUGCUGCUGCCCCCGCAGCCACAGUGACUCCUCCACUCCCACUCCCCGAGCAUCUGUAUGCCCUCGCAUGAGAGAAAGGGGUAGCCAGCCAGUCCUUGAUUCUAUCCCAGAUCCACUCGUUUUUUGUUAUGCCUGCAAUAUUUUGUUUUGGCAGGAACCAAACGUGCAUGCUGCCUGAUGGUUGAAAGACUGCCUGGCAGCCAGGACUCCUAGGUUUUCUUCCCACAUCAGAUAGUGUGAUUAGCAGAUAGCAACUGGAUGCCUGGUUUCUCUCCCAUUUCCCUUCCAUGUUAUGGCACUGGACCAGGGUUCUGUGAAGCAGUGCAAGCUUCUUUUGCAUAACAGAAAAUCGGGGAAGUUCCGGUUUUGGGGUCUUCCUUUGGUUCCGAAUGCUGUGGAGAGGGGAUGUUGAUGGAGGCAGCUAUAUGAAUUGCCACAGACUGCAUCCCACAGCCACAAAGUAUUUUCUGAUUAAACCCAUCUCACUUCUUGUUUCCCAUUCCAAUCCAUUCCUCACAUCUGCAGAACUACACCCCCCACCCCAGUGUACCCCAGUUCCUGGUGCUAAUAAACGCAAGAGGGUCACACACUCUUCUGACCCUGAAGGAAAAUAAAAGACUGCUUUGAAGCA